GCGCGGUCCCGGGUGGAGGGCGGCGGAGCUCGGGGGGCGCGCGGCCUGACCUCGGCGUCGCCGCCGCCGCGCGGCCAUGGAGAGCGGAGGGCGGCCUUCGCUGGGCCAGGUCAUCCUCCUGGGCACCAGCUCUGUCGUCACCGCCAUCCUGUACUCCGUGUACCGGCAGAAGGCCCAGGUCGCCCAAGAGCUCAAGGGAGCGAAAAGAAUCCACCUAGGGGAAGACUUGAAGAGCAUUCUCUCAGAAGCUCCGGGAAAAUGUGUGCCUUAUGCUGUCAUCGAAGGAGCUGUCCGAUCCGUUAAAGAGACGCUUAACAGCCAGUUCGUGGAGAACUGCAAGGGGGUGAUCCAGCGGCUGACCCUGCAGGAGCACAAGAUGGUGUGGAAUCGAACGACCCACCUGUGGAAUGACUGUUCCAAGAUCAUCCACCAGAGGACCAACACAGUGCCCUUUGACCUGGUGCCCCACGAGGACAGUGUGGCUGUGGCCGUGCGCGUGCUGAAGCCCCUGGACGCCCAGGACCUGGGCCUGGAGACCGUGUACAAGAAGUUCCACCCCUCCGUCCAGUCCUUCACUGAUGUCAUCGGCCACUACAUCAGUGGCGAGCGGCCCAAGGGCAUCCAGGAGACGGAGGAGAUGCUGAAGGUCGGGGCCACGCUCACAGGGGUCGGCGAGCUGGUCCUGGACAGCAGCUCCGUCCGCCUGCAGCCGCCCAAGCAGGGCAUGCAGUACUAUCUGAGCAGCCAGGACUUCGACAGCCUGCUGCAGAGGCAGGAGUCCAGCGUCCGGCUCUGGAAGGUGCUGACGCUGGUCUUCGGCUUCGCCACGUGUGCGGCCCUCUUCUUCCUGCUCCGGAAGCACUACCUGCAGCGGCAGGAGCGGCUGCGCCUCAGGCAGAUGGAGAAGGAGUUCCAGGAGCACGAGGCGCAGCUGCUGAGCCGCGCCAAGCCCGAGGACAGGGAGGGGCUGAAGAACGCCUGCGUCGUGUGUCUGAGCAGCUUCAAGUCCUGCGUCUUCCUGGAGUGCGGCCACGUCUGCUCCUGCACUGAGUGCUACCGCGCCCUGCCGGAGCCCAAGCGGUGCCCCAUCUGCAGACAGGAGAUCGCCCGGGUGAUUCCCUUGUUCUACAGCUAACAGCCCCACGCCCCACAGGUGGACGCGGGGACCCCCCUCCCCGCCCCCUCCUCACGCAUCUUUGUCUGAGGCCUUUAGGAGAGUGUGCUGGGGGCAGCUGUCAUCCCAGGCGCCCCUGAGGGAGGGCGCUGGGGGGCCCCUCCGGGUCUCACAGCUUCUGCACUGGGGUGCUGCCCCCCCCCCCCGGGGGGGCCCUUCCAGCAGGCCUGGGAGUCCCAGCCCCGCCCUGGCUGGGUGUGGUGACUGACAGGCCUCAUCGCUCCAGGGCCCGAGCCAGUGAGCUCCAGCUCUUCUGUUCCGGUGUCUUCUGGUCCUUUCCUGGGAACUGCUGGUUCCCAUGGACUUGAGCCUUGAGUGACUCAGCCAGCAGGGAGGUGAAAGUUGGGCUCUGGGUGUGGUGUGUGUCUGGAGGAGCUGCCUCUGAAGAGACUCCCAGGAGAAAGAGCCAGACUGCGCGUGUCACUCGUGUCCCUCUCCCUCACCGGCUGACCUCUUAAAUGUGUGCACAUGUGGCUCAGGUCAGAAGAGACUGAAGUCUGGCGUUUGCCUUCUACCUGAAAGAUGCGGACUGGUCGGCAAGCCGAAGAGCGGUCACGUGAAGGGACAGUUGGGCUGUUCUGCGGUCCCCAGCGGUGAAGACGGCAGCUUGGCCGCGGCCCUUCUGGUGACCUGUAGGGAGGGCCAUUGGAGCCCACCUCCGGCCCUGAUGGGGACUUCCCGGGGCCAGCGGGUGCCGAGGGCUGGCUCCGGCUCUCCCUGCCUGAGCUCAGCUGGAAAGGAAGUAAAGAGGCCGCUGCCGCCAUGCCCGGGCCUCCUGGCCGUCUCCAAGCAGCCAGGACAAGCAGUCAGCCAGCGCCCUGAGCACAGAGCCUUUUCGGGGCCCCGCCCCCUCCCAUGGGGAAGUUCACGUCCUGUGGGUGUAAGCACAUCACCCCUUCCGGGAUUGCUGUUCACCCCCCACCUGCCAGACCACCUCCUCCGGGCAGUCACAGUUGGGUAUUGCUUUUCCUCCCUUCCCAGGCUUUGAAUAUUCAUCCCCAUCCUCCUCUGUGGGGGGGCGGCGGGGGUGCUCUCAGGGGGCUGACUCAGUUCUACAGAGUGUCCAGUGUGGACAGCACAAAUUAAACACGUUACGGCCAAG